GGGACGGCGCCGGACGUGACGCAGAGGCCCGCAGGUCCCGCGGUCAGGCCGAAGGACAGGAUCGGGCCACAUGUGGUCCUGGCUCCUGCCGGCCGGAGUCCCCGGUUGCUCGGAACCCAGGAGACCUUAGCAGCACCGCCAGGCCUCCUUCCGGAGUGCAGUAAUGUCUGGUAAUGGCGACGCGGCUGCAACGGCGAAAGAAAACGGCUCAAGGAUGAGAGUGAUUCGAGUGGGUACCCGUAAAAGCCAGCUGGCCCGCAUACAGACGGACAGUGUCGUGGCAGCCCUGAAAGCCUUAUACCCUGGCCUGCAGUUUGAGAUUGUUGCCAUGUCAACCACAGGGGACAAGAUUCUUGACACUGCACUGUCCAAGAUUGGAGAGAAGAGCCUGUUUACCAAGGAGCUAGAAAAUGCCCUGGAGAGAAAUGAAGUGGACCUGGUCGUUCACUCCCUGAAGGACCUGCCUACCGUGCUACCUCCUGGCUUCACCAUUGGAGCCAUCUGCAAGAGGGAAAGCCCCUACGAUGCUGUUGUCUUUCACCCCAAAUUUGUGGGGAAGACUUUAGAAACCUUGCCAGAGAAGAGUGUGGUGGGGACCAGCUCCCUGCGGAGAGCAGCCCAGCUGCAGAGAAAGUUCCCGCAUCUGGAGUUCAAGAGCAUUCGGGGGAACCUCAACACGAGGCUGCGGAAGCUGGAUGAGCAGCAGGAGUUCAGUGCCAUCAUCCUGGCUGUCGCUGGCCUGCAGCGCCUGGGUUGGCAGAACAGAGUGGGGCAGAUCCUGCGCCCUGAGGACUGUAUGUAUGCUGUGGGCCAGGGGGCCCUGGGCGUGGAAGUCCGAGCCAAGGACCAGGACAUCUUGAAACUAGUGGGUGUGUUGCAUGAUCAUGAGACCGUGCUUUGUUGCAUCGCUGAAAGGGCUUUCCUGAGGCACUUGGAAGGAGGCUGCAGUGUGCCUGUGGCCGUGCACACCGUGAUGAAGGAUGGGCAGCUGUACUUGACUGGAGGAGUCUGGAGUCUGGAUGGCUCUGAUAGCAUGCAAGAGACCAUGCAGGCCACCAUCCCCGUUCCUGUGCAGAUCCCACCUCCUACCCUUGUGCAGCACGAAGAUGGCCCAGAGGAUGACCCCCAGCUGGUAGGCAUCACUGCCCGGAACAUUCCAAGAGGAGCCCAGCUGGCUGCGGAGAACUUGGGCAUCAGCCUGGCCAACUUGUUGCUAAGCAAAGGAGCCAAGGACAUCCUGGAGGUUGCGCGGCAGCUUAAUGAUGCCCACUGACUGCUGUGAGGGGCACAGGUGCCUGGGCCACUUCCUGUGCCCACCUCAAGCCUUCAGUUCCUUGUGCUCACUGGGGAGUGAUUACCCCAAACUGCAGGAUCCGAGACUGCAGCACGUGCCAGCUGCCUUGCCUGCUUCCUCUCUAGAGAACAGUAAAAUCAGUCUUUGAAUGUAACCAACUCUGAAGAUGAUUUUGGGAGGGUUGGAGUGAAGACAUGAAUAAACACAAAACCCUUUAA